AUGGAACCAAAUCAAGUAAAUGUGGAAGAAAAAAUUCUUAUUGAUCAUUUUUCUCCCAUUUCUGCUAAUCUACCAUCAUGCAUUAUUUUUCCUGAAACAAAUGCUACACAUUUUGAGCUGAAACCUUCCAUAAUUCAACUUUUGCCAUCUUUUUAUGGGUUAGGUAAAGAGGAUCCAUACAUGCAUGUGAAAGAUUUUUUAGAAAUUUGCUCUACAUUUAGAUUUCAAAAUUUCUCUGAUGAAUCUGUUAGGCUUAGACUUUUUCCAUUCUCAUUAAAAGAUAAGUCUAAAGCCUGGUCAAAUUCACUCUCAGCCCGAUCUAUUUCUACUUGGGAUGAAUUAGUUAAUAAAUUUUUGUCCAAAUUUUUUCCAAUGUCUAAAACGGAUAAUAUUAGGAGAGAAAUCUCCGAAUUUUAUCAAAAAGAUCACGAAGAAUUUUAUGAAUGUUGGGAAAGAUUUAAAGAUUUAUUGCUAAAAUGUCCACACCAUGGUUUUGAGAAAUGGAGAUUGGUAAAAUACUUUUAUGAUGGAUUAUCUCCUUCAAACCGACAAAUGGUACAAUCAAUGCACACUGGAAAAUUUUUGCAAUUUAGAGGGGAUGAGGCUUGGGAGUCUCUUGAGAAUCUUUCUGUAAAUUCUCAACAGUGGAAUUGCCAAGAUCCUAGAUCGAAAGCUUCCAACACACCUAAGAGAGGUGGAAUUUACGAUGUCAAAGAUGACGUAGAUAUUAAAACAUCAUUAGCAAAUCUAACUAGGAGAGUUGAAGCUAUGUCAUUAAGUCAAUCCAUGAAUACUCCUAUACAUAGGAAUGAAAUUUGUUCCUUAUGCUAUAGUACAAGUCAUAGUGCCCAGUCCUGUCCAUCAUUGCCUAUAUACCAAGAGGCAUUUUCUGAAGAAGUAAAAGCUCUUCAAACUUAUGGGAAAUCAUCUGAUAGCCCAUUUUCUCAAUCCUACAAUCCAAAUUGGAGAAAUCAUCCAAAUUUUUCUUAG